UUACACCAAUCCUCUUAAUCUCUUACUGGUGUUAACUUCAAAACAUUUCAUUCUCUUCGCGUUUUUACCCGAUGUCGGCGCCGAAGCUACAAGUGAGGAUAAACGCUACAGAAAUUUAGUUGCGUAUUUUGUCGGGCUAAAAAGAAUAGUUUUGGAGACGAAGGCCUGUGGGCCAAUUGCUGUGUACCUUCACGGAGGUCGUACAGGGAAAGAUGUAGCAGCUAUCACAGUUCAUGACCUUGGUUGCAACCACCACGAAUUUUAUGAAUUUGUUACCCACGAGCACAUGAUGCAGGUGACACAACGAUGCUUUUGGGUGCACGUCGAAGUUCCUGGGCAAGGUGACCAUGACCCAGAGUUGCCAGCUAAUUUUCAGUUUCCGAGAAUGCAACAGAUUGCGGAGGGCCUGUCUGAAAUCUGUGACAGUCUAGAACUCAAGCACGUCGUUCUCUUGGGGGAUGGUGCUGGAGCAAAUAUAUUGGCUCGCCUGGCUAUGCUUAGACAAGAUAUAACAUUGGGCGCAAUUCUUAUACACUGUACCGGAACCACCGCUGGAUUCAUGGAAUCUUUGCGUGAUAAGAUUAACGGUUGGAAACUUAAUACUAUCGGUAUGAAUCCGAGCGUGGAGUCAUAUCUCCUACUUCACCGCUUUGGCCUGAUAAACGCAGCAACCACGGAAGUGGAGUUAAAACAAGCAAUUAAGAACUUCCGCCAAUCUCUCCGUGAAACAAUGAAUCCCAAAAACCUCAAUAAAUUUAUUCAGGCCUUUAUGGAAUGUCCUGUUCUCUUCCUGACUGGCUCACUGGCCUCAUUCAAUCACACCGUAUACACGCUCUACAACGCGCUCCAAAAUUCUCUCAAGGACGAACCGGCCAGAAAAGCGGACGUGGAAAUCCUGGAAAUUGAAGAAGUAGCUAAUGUUAUGCGAGAACGGCCGGAAAAAGUAUCUGAAUGUGUGCAGAACUUCCUGCAAGGCCUUGGCGUAGCUUCUGGUGCAGUGAACCGGCGUCUGAGCAGCACCGGCAACAUUCCCCGACCUCGCAAUCGAUCCGCCUCAAUGGACGAGUACGACCAACCUCAGGGCUUCAAAAAUCUGCUCUAUGACAACAAACGCAAGUACACUGGUAGCGGCACCAUACAAGACAUUGAAGAAACGGACGCGUAG